AUGAUUGCGCCUCCCGAGCUGGGCCGGCAGGUUGCCCUGGCAUUGAAGCACUCGAAGAUGGCUUUCCCCGAACUUGGAAGCGUGAAAUCGUCGAGCAGCUGUCAUUCGGGGCUUGUCGAACACCCGAGCAUUCGGGAAGGCGAUAUCCCGGGCCUUGAAUGGCUAACAGGAUAUCUUCAGCUGCUGCAGUAUACUAGUCUGUUUUCUACCACGUUCUGCCUGUUAGAGGGUAUCAACGAUAAAGAUUUAUGGACAAAGACUACCAGCGACCGUGACCCAGUAUCCACCUGCUCAAGGCUGGAAGUCGGCGAAGAGAAGGUGUGGUCUAUCCUCAGCAACACGGCCUCGGAUCUGGAUGUUGGUUCCAAAGAUCAAUUCCCCUGGUGCGCAUCGUCCAAGGCCGCGGUCCCGGGAUGCGUCAGUGCCCGGCCGUCAAGCCCAACGGCGUCUGCAGCGCUAUCCGGUCGACAUCGAAGUGGAGGGACACAUUUGCCGAGGCCAGGUAGCUCUUCUUCGAACUGGUACGGACUGCAACGACGGUAUCAUGGAUGGGAGCAGCCAAAACACAAAUAG